AUGGUACCUGAGAAGACGCUUUCCGGUAUUCUGCUUCCCGUGCAUACCUUUCUACAGCGCAGUUCGACCGGCGAGGAAAUGCCUUCUGAUUCUGUCGUUGUGCCUUUGGCUGAGCGGUGCCCUGACAUUGAUCGCCGUCAUCGUCACGUGUACCGCACUGUCGUGCACAAACUAUCUGAUUUUUGUGCAUCGUCGCUGAUAGCCAUACACCAUGUUGACAGCAUCGCCAUCUUCGUGUCACUGGCCUGCGUCCUCAUCUGGCUGGGGUACGCGCUGUUCCAUUGCGCGUGGGCGUCGUUUCUGUUGAGGGACGAGGGCGGCACUUCCGUCGCCCAGAAAGGCGCCGGCAACGACGUGCUGCUUCAGGUGGAGGCAGCGGCAGCCGUUGAUGGACCGGCCGGCCAGACGGAGAACUAUGACCCGAAGAACACCGGCUACUGGAAGUUUGUCGACGACGAGCCGUGGCAGGUGAAGUGCAAUCGAAACGAACUGCGAUAG